CAAAUAACCUUGACCUUUGCACCGUAUUUUCCUCAGCAUUUUACAGUACUCAGAAAAAGUUAUUCUGUUCUAUUUCUCAGGUUAUAAAAUAUUUAUAAAUAACAAAAAUUCUCUCUUCUAUAUUAUUCUGCGUAUAGAUAUUCUAUAUCAGAUAUACAAGAUGGAAUUUUUAUUCAUAAUCGCUCAAUAGUUAUAUUUAAGUCUCUUUUACAAAUCGUUUUAUUCUAGUCUCGUUCAAAGUGAUUUAUUAAGCUAUUUUAUUAUGUUUUCUUACAAAAUAUAUUCUAUAAAUGUAUAUCUAUGCAUUUGUAAUUAACAACACUAGGUUUAGGUAAUAAAGACCAAAAAUUUAUCUCAUGCUUAACGAUAAUAAAAGCCGUUCUCCUAUUUACGUGUACUUUGAAAAAUGGUCAAAAUUUUGAUAUAUUCUAACAUUCUAAAUUGUGCUGAUCAUCGUUACUAUAUAAUUCUAAUAAGAAUUAGACAUUGUGAAUUGAUAGAUAUCCAUAAAUUACGAAAUUUUAUCUGUAAUUUUAUUUAUUAUUAUAAUUUACAAGUAUAUUUAUAAAUGGAGUAUAACAAAUACGAAAAGACUUAAAAGAAUAGUUUUAUUUAGUGAUAAAUUCACUCUUUUAUCAAUAGCAAGAGGAGAAUGAGCGAAAAUCCAGCUACAACUCUCUUUCGAGAAUAUCUUAGAAUAAAAUCCGUACAACCCAAACCGGAUUAUGAUGGUGUUGUUAAGUUCUUGACAAGAAUAUCAAAAGAACUGGACCUGCCCAUGCAAGUUAUCGAACUUGUUAAAGGAAAGCCCAUCAUAGUUAUAACCUGGAAAGGAGAAAAUCCUAGUUUACCAUCCGUACUGCUGAACUCCCAUACCGACGUUGUACCGGUCUUCCCUGAGUACUGGAAGCAUGAUCCAUUUUCGGCUCAUAAGGAGGAAAACGGAGACAUAUACGCCAGGGGGAGCCAAGACAUGAAAUGCGUCGGUAUUCAACAUAUUGAAGCCGUCAGAAGGUUGAAAUCGUCGGGAUUUAAACCUCUACGAACGAUUCAUCUAUGCUUUGUACCAGACGAGGAGAUUGGCGGGAUAGACGGUGUAAAGAAGUGGGUUGACGAAGAUUCUUUCAAGCAGUUGAAUGUGGGUUUAUCCUUGGAUGAGGGUCUGGCCAGCGAAAGUAGUGUAGUUCCCGUUUAUUACGGAGAGAGAGCUAUUUGGUGGGUUAAUGUUACCUGUCUUGGACAACCAGGACACGGCUCUCAGUUUUUACCUGAUAACGCGGGGAAAAAAAUUAGACACGUUAUUGAUUCAUUUAUGAACUUCCGCGAUGAAGAGGAAAAACGAUUGAAAUCAGAUAAAAACUUAACACUUGGGGAUGUAACAACUGUCAACUUGACUAUUUUAGAAGGUGGAGUUCAGCAAAAUGUGGUACCUGCUCAAUUAAAUGCAAAAUUUGAUGUUCGCAUUACACCACACUUAUCGCACGAUAAAGUUAGAGAAAUGAUUGAUAAGUGGUUGAAAGAGGCAGGAGAAGGCGUUUCGUAUAAUUUUUUGCAGUAUACACCUGAAAUAAAACCCUCUGAACUGACGGGUAAAUGGUACGACGCUGUUAGCAGUUCAUUGAAUGAGUCUGGCGUACCAUUUAAACCUGAAAUUUUCCCUGCUGCAACUGACAGUCGUUACUUUAGAGCUAAAGGUAUUCAGGCAUAUGGUAUCAGUUAUAUGCCAGAGACCCCGAUUCUUCUGCACGACCACAACGAAAGACUGAAUGAAGCAGUUUUCCUUAAAGGAAUAGAUGUUUUUGAAAAUCUUGUCAAGAAAGUUUCCCUGGUCAACUAA